AUGGGCUACGAAAAGGGCGAUGCUAAGAAGGGUGCCAACCUCUUCAAGACCCGUUGCGCUCAGUGCCACACCCUGAAGGCCGGUGAGGGCAACAAGAUUGGCCCCGAGCUACACGGCCUCUUCGGCCGCAAGACUGGUUCCGUCGCUGGCUACUCAUACACCGAUGCCAACAAGCAAAAGGGCAUUGAGUGGAACCACGACACUCUCUUUGAGUACCUCGAGAACCCCAAGAAGUACAUUCCCGGUACCAAGAUGGCCUUUGGUGGUCUCAAGAAGCCCAAGGACCGUAACGACCUGAUCACCUUCCUUGAGGAGGAGACCAAAUAA